CGCCACCAGAAGAAAGAGAGGAGAGACGGACGCGGGACGCGAACCCUAUUACCCCACCCCACCCAGCUCUACUAAAUCUCUCCUCCUCCCCGCCGCCGCCGCCGCGCCCUACCUUACCGCCAUCCAGCCCCCUGCUCCUCCCCCAAACGCACGCGCGGCGCGGCCGUCGUCUCCGUCCCCCCUCUCCUCGUCGCGGCGAAUCGAUCGUGCUCCUCCCGUCCCCGCCCCGUCCGCCGUCUCGGGUUUUUGAGGAGUGCGGGUUGUAUAAUACUGAGGCUCAGUUGUUUGCAUCUGGAUUGAGGAGUUUCUGUUUGUAACCUGACUACACUGUUCAAUGGGUUCUAAGAGGACUUGUCUUCUGAUCACUUACUCUCCUGAGAUAGUAGAUGGCGUGCCUUUGUAUGUGUCAUCAAAUUGCCUGCCUGUAAAAGCUUCCAAGUAUGAACCUGCUGGUCAUUCUUUCCAUGCGGUCGCACUGAAGCUCCGUGGUCUUGAUGAGAAAGAAGACACUGAAACUGAUGAUCGUAGUGUGUCAUCAGAUGACAAGAGCCAAGAUUUUUCUGCUGGUUCAGAUAACUUCAGCAGCAAAGGAAAGAAGAAGUCUGGUUCUGGAAGUCAACAACAAGAUCACUAUGCAUUGCUUGGAUUGGGCAACUUGCGGUUCUUGGCCACCGAAGAUCAGAUUCGGAAGAGUUACCGUGACAUGGCUCUUAAACAUCAUCCAGACAAGCAGGCUGCUCUUCUUCUCCAUGAGACAACAGAGGCAGCAAAGCAAGCAAAGAAGGAUGAGAUAGAGAGCCAUUUCAAGGCCAUACAGGAAGCUUACGAGGUCCUCAUGGAUCCUACCAAGAGAAGGAUUUUUGACUCAACUGAUGAGUUUGAUGAUGAUAUCCCAACUGACUGUGCACCGCAAGACUUCUUUAAGGUCUUCGGACCAGCCUUCAUGAGGAAUGGCCGAUGGUCUGUUACCCAGCCAAUUCCUUCUUUGGGAGAUGAUGCUACUCCUGUAGUGGAUGUUGACCAGUUCUACAAUUUCUGGUAUAACUUCAAGAGUUGGAGGGAAUUUCCACAUGAAGAUGAGUAUGACUUGGAGCAAGCUGAGUCUCGUGAACACAAGAGAUGGAUGGAGAGGCAGAAUGCGAAGAUACAAGAGAAGGCCAAAAAGGUAGAGUAUACGCGAGUACGUAAUCUUGUUGACAAUGCGUACAGGAAAGACCCAAGGAUCCAGAGGAGAAAGGAGCAGGAGAAGGCUGAGAAACAGAGGAGAAAGGAGGCAAAAUACAUGGCCAAGAAACUGCAGGAGGAGGAAGCUGCAAGGGCUGCAGAAGAGGAAAGGAAGAGGAAAGAAGAGGAGGCGAAGAUAGCCGCAGCAGCUGCUGACAUUCGAAAGAAGUUGAAGGAAAAGGAGAAGAAGUUGCUACGCAAAGAGAAAAAUCGCCUGCGCACACUUGUGGGCCAGGUAGUUGGCGAGUCCCACUUCAGUCUGUCAAAGGAGGAUGUUGAAACAGUAUGCACAUCACAUGAUUUUGAACAGUUGAAGAAACUCUGUGAUAUUAUGGAGGACAAGGAUACAGCUGAAAAGGCCAGGUUGCUGAGAGGUGCACUGAGCAAAGAAGAAAACUCCUCGAAUACCUCAAAAGAAGAGAAAAUUCAUGCCAAUGGUGUGGCAGAUUCUACUCCAAAAUCCACUGUCCCACAAGGCACUCCAAAAUCCACAGCCCCACAAGUCAUUACACUAGGCAACAAUGAGAAAAAAGAGAAAGAGUGGGGAAAGGAAGAGGUUGAAUUGCUUAGGAAAGCUACACAGAAGUAUCCGAAGGGAACUAACAAGAGGUGGGAGGUUAUUGCAGAGUUUAUUGGUACUGGUAGAUCUGUUGACGAGAUUUUGAAGGCCACGAAAACCGUUCUUCUGCAGAAGCCAGACUCUUCUAAAGCUUUUAACUCGUUCCUUGAGAAACGCAAAGCAGCUCCAUCUAUUGUAUCGCCUCUUUCCACAAGAGAUGAGACGGCUGGUGGCUCAACUGUGGGAGCUGGCACCGAACCAUCCAAGGCCGCUGAACAACCUGCUGCCAGCAGCAGUCAGACUGCUAAUGAGAAAACUGGUGCUGAUCCUGUCCCUGAAGAAGCACCUUCUGCAACAGAUCCAGAUGCUUGGUCAGAGGCCCAGGUGCUGGCCCUUGUUCAAGCUUUGAAGGCAUUUCCAAAGGAUGCAAACCAAAGAUGGGAGCGAGUAGCUGCUGCUGUCCCUGGUAAAACAGUGGUGCAGUGCAAGAAAAAGGUUGCGUCAAUGAGGUCGAACUUCCGGACCAAGAAAGCGGAGUAGAAACAGAUCACCACUGAGGCCACACAAGAAGAUUGGUCGAUUGCCUUUUGAAGACCCUGGGUUUCGCUUGCUGCUGACUUUCUGGAUGGUGGAGACGAGGCUUCGUCGUCAAGACCCAGCUGGUUUGUUACCAGGAGCGAGUCCCUGAAGUCGCUGAUGAUCGAGGCAGCUAUUGAGAGAGAGGGAGAGAAAGAUAGAAGCUUAGAUCAAAAUUUUGAGUUAUGGAAAAUUACCUACCUACCUUAUGAUUUAUCGCGAUGAUGUUCUCCUGCAUACAGUAUACUUCUAGCUGAUGCCUGCUAUAUUGGUUAUGAAUUUAUGCUGACGUUAUUCUUGUUACGCUAGUCGUCGUUAAGAUAUCUGGUGAUAUACAGAUUGUGGAAGUUGAGUA